AGAUGAGUGGGGAGGAGGCACAAAUGUUCAAAUUGACCCGAGGAAAGGGAGAGGAGGAAGAGGAAGAAGAAAAGGAAGCGACGUUGGAGGGGGAGGAGGAAGAUGGCAGAUCAGAAGAUGGGAAACAACAAGGGGGAGAAGUCCAACUUCUCGCUCACAUGCAGGCUCUUGAGCCAGUACUUGAAGGAGAAGAACGGCUUCGGUGGCCUUGGCCUUGAGAUGGCGGCCGCUAAGCCUCUUGAUCAACAAGCCAAAGGUAAAUCUCGGGCGCCCACAACCAUGAGCCUGUUGCCGGGGGCGGAUGUGUCGGGAGAUGACCAAACUCAGAACAACGAAGACGAGAACCCUCUCAAAUCCAUGGAUCUCUUCCCCCGGAACUCUGGCUUUGACUCGGGUCUUCUGCCCAAAGAGGAAUCGGGCAAGACCCCGGAGAUUAAGCGACAGACGGAGAAGGGCCAGCUGACGAUCUUUUACGGGGGGAAGGUGCUGGUCUUCGACGACUUCCCGGCCGAGAAAGCCAAGGAUCUGAUGCGGAUGGCGAGCAAAGAGAACAUCUCAUCUCAAAACUUCAGCUUCUCCACCCCCCACCCCGCCGCUGCCGGAGCCGACUGCCCCCCCAAGCCUGACCCCAUCUCACCGGCCGAUAGCCUCGCCAAGGCCACCGCUUCUGAUAUGCCCAUAGCGAGGAAGAACUCCCUCCAUAGGUUCCUCGAGAAGAGGAAGGACCGAAUCAACACCAAGGCGCCGUAUCAAGUCCAUGGCUCGUCGGCGGCCACCAACGAGGCCAAGCCAGAGUCCAGCCAGUCCUGGCUCAACUUAGGCCGACAAGUCCCGCAGGCAGAGCACGGUUCGGAGACCAGCAAACAGCACAUGUAUCGGUGUGAAGGGAAGCUCGUCUGACCAGCAUCUCUGCUCUCCCACUUCCAUGUCAAGAACUUUUAACUACGGUGAUCCAUUCCUAGAUCUGUUAUCUAUGUUUGCUAGCCUCCAUUUUCAUCCUCUUAGUGCGAGGAUGAUCCCAGUAAGCGAGGUGGUAGUGUUGUUUCUUCUUGAUCGAUGCAGCCUAUAUUUUUGUAAGAGCUUCCUCGACAGGGAAUGCUCUUGUUUGCCAUUCAGACCUAUUGAAAUCUGCAGCAAUAUUUACGCUUAAAUAAUAUCCAUCUUCUUCAA